GUUCACAUAUAGGAGGGUAACUUGAAAAGAUAUCCGACACCAUAUCCUGAUGAGCUCAAAAACAUGGUUAAAACAGCACAGAGUGUGGUACAUAGAUUAAAGGAUGAUGGAACAUCAGAUGAUUCUGGAACUGAAAUGAAGCAGAAUGAUGACCGAUCAGUCACAACAAAAAAUUCUGGAGUAGAGGUAACGGAAUGCACCAUAGAAUCUAACACAUCAACCGAAAAUAUUGAAUCAAAUACAGUAGAAAAUUGCACAAAUCAAAACAUCAAGCAAGACCUGAAUGACAAUGUGGAAACUAUCCAAACAAAUGCAGUUGAUGAUGAUGCUGAAGAUACAAGCACAGCUGCCAACGAUGAAGAUGUACUUGAGGAUACUGAAAAUACUUCUUCUGAUGAAGAGAUGAAGAUGGCAGAGUUAAGGCCCCCCUUGAUUGAUACACCAAUCACUCAACCAAAAGUUGUUGCUCUGUGUAAAGAGAAAAGAGAUGAUGCUGAUUCCUUAUUUGAGGAGAUAAUUCCAAACAGUAAUCAGAACAACAGUAAUUGUUCGUCGCCAUCCAGGAUAUCGGACACAGUUUCCUUCAACACAGAAAGUAGCCAGGAAACCUUGCAUUCAACCCCUGACAAAACUGCCAUCCCACUUCUUAAAAGAAAAAAUCGAGGUGGUCUUCAUGAAACAUCUCCACUAUUACAAAAUGGAACAAGAUCCAAUACACAAUUCCAUAACACUGUGAAAACUCAUGAGAACAUUGAUUCUCCGAUGGAGAACAAAGAAGUUAGUAAAUUGUCUGAAUUUGAAUUGAAUGUCGAGCAGAAAAUAGCUCUCCUGCAGAGAGAAAUGGAUUUGAAUAGUAAUAUGCAGCAAUACCAGAAAUUACUCAAGAUUGGUGUGAAUAAGAAUGAAAUAACUGCAGAUGAUGUGGUUCAGACGUUAGAUGAAGUCACUAAAUAUAAAAGCACUGUUGAUGGAGGUAUAAACAUCCGUGAACAAUUGUCAGGAAAUAUUGUGAAAGGUAACCCAAAAGAAAUAGCAGAGCAUUUAAAGAAUGGAAAUGAAAUACCUAAUGUUUUGCCUCAAAACCAAGUAAAUGGACGCCCAGAGGAAAUAAGGCAACCUGAAUUCUGCACUGAAGCAGAACAACAAAGUUCACCUCUGUUUUCAGAUGCUGAUGCUGCUAUCUCAGGGAGUGCUGAAGAGCUAUCUCCACAGAGGGAGUAUCCUCAAGGGCCAGUCGUCAAAUCUCACAGUAUAACACACAUUGACACCGGGGGGUUAAAACUUUAUGAUAUCAACGACAAUGGACCACAUGAGCAAGGCUUAAUGGUAAGGACACCCCCUGUAGCUGGACAGGGACAAAAUAUAAUCCGUAGUAAAUCGGCCAGUCUUCUAAGUGAUCAGUCAUUGCAACCAUUUAGUGGAAAUUCCUCUUCUUCAUCAGACCUUCUUUCUUGCAAAAAAGCAGUGUAUACAUUUGAUCAAAACUUCAAUCCUCAAGGCAUCAGUUUAAAAAGAGGGCCUGUAGCUGUUGCACAGAUGCCUCCAGUACCUCAGUACAAUGUCCAGUACAGUAGCAGUGGGAUAACCAAAGAGAACAUGUGGCCACAGAGACCAGCAUUUCAAAUCGAACCAGGUAAUUUAGGAUCUCAUCACCAUCAGCGGUCUGAGACACUUGACAAUGCCAAUUAUGUAAAGCAUUCUGCAAACAUGAACUUCUCCAAUCGCAAUAAUGCCCAGUCCAAUAUGUCCUACAAUAUGCAGCCAAGGAUUGGAGCUCGCCAAGUGGAAAUGUGGGGAUGCCCACCAAGCGAGAGAUUGAUUCAGGCCAGUCAGAGGUCCACCUUGCAGAGACAGAGUAGUGUUUCAUCCGCUUCCUCUGUCACUCUUCCUGAAACCCAUCACUGCAGGAGAGUCCCAGUACCUGAAGGCGAUUAUAUGACUUACAGGGAUUUACAUACACUUGGAAGAGGCCCUCAGAUAAUCCAGGGCUCACAAAGACCUCUGUCUGCAAGGACUUAUAGUGUUGAUGGUCCAACUGCAUCUCGACCUCAUAGUGCCCGGCCACAUAUUACUGAUGUUCCAGAGCGAACAAUGUCCAUCAGUGAUUUCAAUUACUCACGGACUAGUCCAACUAAAAGACCCAAUGUGAGGGUGAAAUCUGAGCAUUCGCUUCUCGAUGCACAGGGGACCAAUAAGGUGCCACCCGAUUGGAGAGAGCAGGUGUUGCGUCACAUUGAAGCCAAAAAGUUAGAAAAGAGCAUGCUGUCUAGAUCGUUUAAUUUCAAUUAUGCUGCUUUUGGCAGCAUGCACUCUGGAAGCUGUAGGGAACUGCACGACAGCCAGGGCAACAUUGCCUUGAGUGUUGCAGAGAGAAGGAAUUCUGGAGUGCACAUGUUCCGUUACCCAUCACAAGGUAACAGUAUUGGAGACCCAAGUCAAGAUGAUGUCUUCGGUGUUGGACAGCAGAAUUAUUCAACCAGCACACAUGUUAUGAAGGAUAUUCCACCAGACAGUAUGAGAAAAGUGCCUUUGACAAAUGGUCAGACAUAUCAAUCUUCCAGAGUUCCAAUUAACUGCAACCAACCCCACCACACAAUGUCUCAAGCAACCAUUGGGAGACAUCCUUCUCGGGAACAGCUGAUUGAUUAUUUAAUGCUAAAAGUAUCCCACCAACCUCCACAUUGUCCAACACAAAGUGCAUCGGCAAACCAUUUGAUGAGACAAGGCCGUGAUAUUAUACAGCAGGAGAUGCACGUUAGAAUAGAUAAGAAUCCUGAGCUGGGUUUCAGUAUAUCUGGAGGUAUUGGAGGUCGAGGAAACCCCUUCAGACCUGAUGAUAAUGGUAUAUUUGUAACUAGAGUUCAACCAGAAGGGCCAGCUUCAAAACUGUUGCAGCCUGGAGAUAAAAUAGUUCAGGCAAAUGGAUACAAUUUUGUUAAAAUUGAGCAUGGACAAGCGGUGUCACUAUUAAAAACCUUCCAGAAUGCAGUGGACUUAAUUAUCCUGAGAGAAGUUGCAUCCUAAUGAUGUAAAUCAUGGACAAAAAAAGAAAUCAACCAUUGUGACCAGUUUUUUUUAAAAUAAGUAAUUCCAUAGCAAAAUGCAGCUGAUAUCACUUUUUACUGGGAGUUGGGAGAGGGAUCAAUGGACUAUAAAAUGGUCAGAUAAGUUUAGGCUGUAAAGUAAUUUGUUGGCAGUGUAGAGCUUUGGUUAUAAGGGGCACAACCACUCUGUAUAAUGGUAAAGGUGUGGAUCCAGGGACUGAAAUAGAUUAUGGAAGCAAAUAUUGCAGGAUGAAGAAUUAAUAUAGUAAACAUCAAAAUCACUCUUAAUAUGAACAAACCUGUGUGCUUUUCUGUACAGAAUUUAGGUUUAUUUUUGGAUAAUCUUAUACAUCACUAAAUAAAUUGUACAAGGCUUAAGUAGUGAGCCUGAUUUUAGCUUAUGAACAGGUGGCAGGGCUAUCUGUUCCAUAGAUGUAUGCCUUUAUUUUUAAUCACCUUUGUAUAAUUGUUAAACGCUGAAACCUACAAGUUUGAUGUACAGGAGCUGGAAAAUGGAUGUUUGUGCAUUGUUUAGACGAAUGGGUAGGUGAAUGGCUUGAGCAUAUACAAUAAAGUGACCUUGCUAUGAGUAAAUGGGGAAACUGCAUAUGGGGCUAGGUUGCCAAAAAGUACAACAGUGUGGUUACAUGAUGGAGAAGUUAUUAUUCAAAGUUGGAUUCGGAAAGGAAGAGCAAAUGAAACCUGUCUGUCUGAGAUGGUCUGUUACAAACAGUAUGUUCUGAAAUAUGAUUGGAGACUAAAGUUAUUCAAGGUUUCUUAGUGUUUUUACAAAGCGGGGAUUGUGGUUAUGUUAUUACUGUAUGAGAAUGUUAUUUUAUUACACUGUUAUCAUUUCUAGUACAUUUGGCCAAUGUUUUAAAAAAAAACCUUUCUAUCUUUACUAAAAGUGGGUUUCAUUAACAAUACUGAUGCAUAUUGGUCAACCUUGCGUAUCACAGUGGAAGUGCCAUAGGAGACCGAGAAUUAAGUUUUUUUAAUAGAUUCUACCCAUGCAAAGAAGCAAUACUGUCUGUAUAUUUAGAAGAAAAAAAAUCUGAAUUUAGUAAUGUGCUUAUCUUUUAAUCUCAAUUCCCUGUAAAAUUUCUAUACCAACUUAAGCAUUAAAUGAGUUGAUUUAUUUUAUCAAAUGUACACUCAAGAUUAUUUGAAUGAAGCCCUACAAAUGCUCCCAUGAUGGUGCUAAAGGCUAUUUUCCUUAUGUUGGAAUCAAAUUGAUCAAUAAAGUUGCUCUAAGCGUAUAGUAGAAAUACUUGUAUAUGUCAGCAGAAACAAAACCCUCUUGGGUAUCUUCUGUAUUUUGCAUCAGCUCAUGACUUCAUAUUUCUUGAUUGUUGGUAUUCCGUAGCAGCAUUCCCAUGAAGGUAAAUUGUAUAAGAGUUUGUUGUGUGUGUUGGAAAUUUUUUAAAAAACACUUCCUUUUUUUUUUAAUAAGAUUUGACACCAGGUCACAAGCUGUGUUGAUUGCUAACUUGGUAUUUUAAAAGAUUUUUACCCACAAUUUUAGGCAUGGUUUUUAAAAGUGUGGGAACAGCUUUAAAGAAGUAAAAAAAGUUUCAUCUGAUGGGGGAAUGAUACUGUUCAGCUGCAUGGUAAUACUGUAACAGAAUUUAUACUGAAAGAAUAAAUUAUAUUUCAAUGAAAUAGCCAUUUAGUAAGAA